UGUUCACACCUGUCUUGCGGUGAUUACGAGGUAUGGGCCAACAUUACAACCAGUGAUGACAGGCCAGUUUGACAAGAACAAGAACCGCUAGCUUGCCGCUGUUUACCGCAGACACCCUAACACACCCAGACUGGAUGAGAAGCUGCCCGGAGAAGCAGCAGAAGGAGCUCCAAACUCCUCAGCUCUCUGGAGGUGGCCAUGCUGACUGUGCCGUGUGAAGUGUUGCAGGCCUUCGGGCCUCAUCCUCCAAGGCCCUCCUUCAUCGUACUGUUACUGCAGCCCAGCAACAUGGCAGAUGAGCUCUACAUCUCUUUGGAGGCUGAGGACCAUCAGACCACCACCUAUGGCUACACCUGUGAUAUGAAAAGCUGUGCAGUGAACAUGUCUACACCAGUUUACUCCCAUGCUGGACGAGGAGACUUCCGGGAUGUUUACGAGCCGGCGGAGGACUCUUUCCUUUUGAUUGACGCCCUGGAGAAAGACGCGGAGAGGCUGCAGCUGAUGAGCCCAUGUGUGUGUUUGGAGGUGGGCAGUGGCUCAGGCGUGGUGUCAGCAUUUCUGGCAUCAGUGGUUGGACCUUCAGCUCUAUAUCUCUGUACUGAUGUGAAUCCUGCAGCAGCACAGUGCACAGCAAAGACAGCUUCCUGUAACAAUGUGUCACUGCAGCCUGUCAUCACAUCCCUGGUGGAGUGUCUUCUGCCCCGCCUAAGUGGGAAAGUGGAUGUCCUUCUCUUCAACCCUCCCUAUGUGGUCACACCUUCAGAAGAGGUUGGCAGCACAGGUAUAGCGGCUGCCUGGGCUGGCGGGGAGCGAGGGCGAGAGGUGACAGACAGAUUUCUGCCUGUUGUUGCACAGUUGCUCUCCAGUAAAGGGUUAUUUUACCUCAUUACCAUUGCUGAGAACGAUCCAGGGGAGAUCAUCCGUUUAUUGGACAAAGGCGGUUUGAGGGGAGAGUCGUUCUUGUCUACAAGAGCUGGAAAUGAGAGGCUGUCCGUCCUGCGCUUUCAGAGAAGCUGCCACUAAACUGCUCUGAAAGGAUUACAGGAACUUUGGACUGAUAACAAAUGACUGAUGAUGCGUCCAGCCUCUCCGAGCCUGACUGCACCGCUGGCCACCAGCUCCAGAGCGGCGGGGAAGGCUCGGUGCUCGGCCUCCCUGAUCCUGUCGGACAGACCCUCCUCCGUGUCACCAACCAGCACCGGCACUGCUUCCUGUACGAUGAUGGCUCCUGCAUCCACCUCUUCCUAAAACACGGAUUAACAAAGCGAUGGCCGUGUGACUCAUUCAAAAAAAACAAAACACUUACGAUAUUAGCCUCUUGGUUUGACGUAUGUCCUACUCACUGCUACAAAGUGGACCGUGCAGCCAGUAACCCGCACCCCAGCCUGUAGAGCCUGCUUCUGGGCAUUCACACCCUUGAAUGAUGGCAGCAGGGAUGGAUGGAUGUUCAGUAACUUUCCUUUGAAAAUAAACACACAAUAUAAAAGACCUUCCUGUGCCCCACCAGAUCAUCAUAUUUAAUAAUGCAAGCGUAAGAAAUUUAGCCUAAACAGCAUUUUCACACCGUUCCAUUUCUUGACAAAAGGCCCAGUGAGGAUCCUCAUGAAUCCAGCCAGACACACCAGCUCCACCCCAAACUCUUCCAACACGCGAUCAAUGGUGCUGUCAAACUCGGUUCGGCUCCCGUACUGUUUGUGGUCCACCACCUAGUUGGGAUCGCACACAACUGCAUCAACAGAAUUUAAGUUUUUAUUCACUGUCCUGAGUUUCAGUACAGCAUUAUUCAGCCCAAAUAAUUAUUUUGGUUCUCACUAGUUACUUCAGUAACUUGUUUGUGUGUAUUUUUUGGUUGCAAUCUAAUAUAUCCACUCCUGUUUCCAAAAUUAGACUUUUUUUUACUUUUUAAAAGAUGCAGAAGUUGUAAUGGAUGCUUUUGUCUCAUCACAGUUCAACUACAAACUUCUAAUUAAAACCAGAAAGAUUAUUGCUUCACUUCAUCACUCUACACAAUUUAUCAACCAGUAAGGGGAGUGCAACUAGCCUGGAGCAGCCUUUGUUUCAUGUAAAGCAUUUUGUAACUGGUUUUGAGAAGUGGUAUACAAAUAAACUAUCAUCAUCAUUA